GUGACGAUGAUCAUCUGACUUCCUGUUUAUAAAAGUUGGGUGUUAAAAAAGUUGUUUUUGUGAAAUAAAUGUGAUAAUUUAGGCCUUAAGAUAAAUACACAAUGAAGCUCAAGCUACAGUAGAUCUAUCAUCAUGAGUGAUAUAAUUAAUUCUCAAGAAUAUCAAAGUUUUCGCAGUUCAGUCCCUUUAAAAAAGAUUAUUGUAGAUGAUGACAAUAGUAAAGAAUGGAGUUUAUAUGAUGCUGGUCCCAAAUCAAUCAAGUGUCCUUUAGUAUGUUUCCCACCAGCUAGUGGUCAAGCUGAUAUAUAUUUUAGACAGAUUUUAGCUUUAUCGGCAGUUGGUUACAGAGUCAUAUCAGUAGAAUAUCCAGUAUAUUGGACGAUGAAAGAAUUUUGUGAGGGCUUCCGUAAACUUUUAGAUCAUUUACAGUUAGAUAAGGUUCAUAUUUUUGGAGCUUCACUUGGUGGUUUUUUAGCACAGAAAUUUACAGAAUUUACACAUCGGUCUCCUAGAGUAGCUUCCCUUAUACUAUGCAAUUCCUUUUAUGACACAAGUAUUUUUCAACAAUCAGCUACAGCACCAACGUUUUGGAUGAUGCCGGCAUUAUUUUUAAAGAAAAUGGUGAUGGGAAAUUUUGAAAAAGGGAUGGUUAUUGCAGAGAUUGCAGAUUCUAUAGAUUUCUUGGUAGAAAAAUUAGAUCAUUUAAGUCAGCAAGAAUUGGCGUCUAGAUUAACUUUAAAUUGUAUGAACUGUUAUGUUGAACCACAGAAAAUACAAGCACAAGCAAUUCCUAUAACUUUAAUGGAUGUUUAUGAUGAUUGUGCAUUGUCUUCUGCUGUUAAAGAUGAAAUGAUCAAAUGUUAUCCUGAUGCUACGAGAGCAAGUUUAAAAUCCGGAGGAAAUUUCCCGUAUUUAAGUCGUAGUGGAGAAGUUAACGUUUUUCUACAGAUACAUUUACGUAAAUUUAUAGAAACUGUUUAUAACUGUAAGGAGGAAAUACAAGAUGAUAUAAUGGCAGCAGCCUCAGCCUCAGCAUCAGCAUCAAGUAGCAGUCAAGAUUCUUGAAUUUUAUAAUUUUCUUUUAUUCAUUAUUAUAAAACUUCAAUAAUUGCAUCUGAACAGUUCAUUCAGCUGAGUGUGAACAGCAGACUUUCAAAUUGCACCGAACAUUGGUAUAUGUAAUAUCCAGAGGUGGGAACUCAAGUCAUGUGACUCGGACUAAGGCCCAACUUAAGUCGCAUCAAUGACCCGACUUUAAAUAUAUAUUGAGACUCGAUCGUGGCUGUUGUGACGACUCACGACUUGUAAGAACUUAGGACUUAAGUCAGGGCGAGGGGGCUUAACUCUUAACUUAAUCUUAUUCACCUUGAAUUGCAGAGUCAUUGUGAAUGGGACUCCGGCUUUGUCAGCAACUUGGGAUUCGACUUGGACUUGAUGUACGACGACAUGGGACUCUACUCAGACUCAAGGUCCUGCAACUUGUUCUCACCUCUGGUAAUAUCACACAACACAAACAGCGAUAUUUUACUUUAAUUAAAAGCCAAUACGGACAAUCUUUAAAAGAUUAACUAAAAGUAUUUAAUUGAGUUGAACUAAUAUAUUAUUCCGGUUCAAGAUGCAUUAUGUAAGAGUUAAAUUGUGGGGUUUUAUUUUGGCUUCAAAUGUUAUAUAAAUUAUUGUUGAGACUAUUCACAUGACAAGCCUAUAAUCAACUUUCUAGACAAUCGAAUGGCCAUGAUUUCAAUGGAUUUGAAUACUAAGGAGAUUUUAAAAUUUAACCAUAAAAUGGAAAGUCGAGGCUUAGUGAGACUAUUCACAUCAACUCUCUAGACAAUCGAAUGGCCAUGAUUUAAAUGGAUUUGAAAACCAACAAGAUUUUAAAAUUUAACCAUAAAAUGGAAAGUCGAGGCUUAGUCUCGGUUGUCAAGUACUGUUGCUACGAUAAUAAACUUUGCUAGCUCUUUAUCUAAAUCUUACAUAAUGUGUCUUUAAUGAUGCAACACCUUCUACAAGUAGAACAUUUUAUUUAGCUGAAUUAGGCAGAAGUCGGCUUGUUUGAAUUUUGACUUAAUGUGUUUUAAAAUCUACAUCUGCAGAUGUAAAAUUUUGACAGAAUCAAUUUUGACCCAGAUGAAAGGUGGGCAUAUUUCCUAAAGUUGACAAGUUCUGGCCUCUGUUAACCCCAACUAAAAGUGUCUGACGAUCAAAAUUUAAAAACAGAAAUUGUGGCGUGUGUGUAGAUUAUGUUCAAAACGUAGAAUUAAUUCAACAUUACAUGAUCAAGACUGAGUCUAGGAUUAUAUCUGUCCGUGAUAUUAAUGAUGCAAUAAGAUAUUCAACGAACUUCUCUGGUACAACAUAAUUAUGGAAAUAUUUCUAACACACUUAAAGUCUUUCAUCUUUGCAAUAUUCCAUAUUUAAUUUGUCUGUGUUAAUUAUUUCUUGACACAUCACGACCUGGGAAUUACAGUGUUCUAACGAGGUGCACCUAUUUUUUAUUACAUACAAUUUGAAUAUUUUGUGGACACAUGAUUUUUAAUUGUGGUCUGAAACCACCUUCUUAAAUAGGAGUUAUGCCCCUUUAUUUUCAGUAAAAUGUCCGACCAGAAAAAUUUUGAAAUCACAACACUGGUUCUAACUAACACUUUGGUCAUUUUGAGAAAAUCGCUUGUAAAGUUUGAUUUCUAAUUGUGCACAAAGUGAAUUGCAACUUUGUAAUUUUGUGUUGUGGACUUAAAUGUUCUAAAUCCUGUGAGGGGCCUAUUAGAUAGAACUUGAAAUACCUACAGUAGUUAUUUAGAACCCUGUAAUUCUCAGGUCGAGACACAUGUAUAUUGUUUUUGUAUGUUAAUUCACCUUAUACGAUAAUUUGUUAUAUGUACAGUCGAACCUGUAAAUGGUCUUAUAUGACAGGUAUUAUAUGUACAGUGAAACCUGUAAAUUAGGAUUAAUCUGGUCUUAUAAUGACAAGUAUUAUUUUAGAUAUAAAUGGAGGUGGUUUAUUGUUCCAUGUCUCAGUUAGUGAUGACUGCUUUUUAUUUAGAGAUUGCUUGGAAGUAUCGGAAGAUAGAAUUACAUCUUUUGUUUUAUUUUAGAAAAAUAAAAUGUCAAGGCUAGACAAAUGAUUGACAGAGGUGGGAACUUGAGUCCCGCGACUCGGACUCGAGUCUGACUGGAGUCGCAUCAAUGACCCAACAUGCAACUCAACUUUAAAUAUUUAUUGUGAUUCGAGACUCUACUCGGACUUUGCAGUCAAAAUGACUCAUGAUUUGAAAGAGCUUAGAAAGGAGCAAAAUCAUAACUUAACUUAUUCGCCAUGAAUUGCUGACUCAUUUGAUGAACUGGGGACUUGAACGGGACUCAGACUUGGAAACUCAACUCGACGCAGUACUAAAGCCAGCGACUUGGUUUUCAACUUGGACUUGCGACUUGAGACUCAACUCGGACUUAACAUGCAGCGACUUGAGACUCAACUCGACCUUUACAUGCUGCGACUUGAGACUCAACUCGCAGCGACUUGAGACUCAACUCGGACUUAACAUGCAGUGACUUGAGACUCAACUCAGACUUAACAUGCAGCGACUUGAGACUCGACUCAACCUUAACAUGCGGCGACUUGAGACUCAACUCGGACUUAACAUGCGGUGACUUGAGACACGACUCAGGCUUAUUGUGCUGCGACUUGGGACUCGCCUUACUUAACAUGCGGCGUCUUGAGACUCGAUUCAGACUUAACAUGCAGUGACUUGAGACACUAGUCGGCCUUAAGGUCCUGCGAUUUGUUCCCACCUCUGGUGAUUGAUUUGUUGCUGUUGAAGAAUUGCCAUAUACCUGGCCCCGGGUUCACAAAACAUUUUCAGACUUAAGAAUUUACUCAAAAUUAUUUGCCUUAUUUUAACUAAAACAUAAGCCUUUAUAAAACUUUUGUUGUUUUAAUGUAUCAAAUACAUCAAUAAGAAACUAUGUGCAAAGUUUUUUGUGUUUCUGGAUCAAACAUACUUCUCAUAGUCUGAGAAUGCUUUGUGUACUCGGGGCCUGUUGUCGCUUUUUAUUAUCUGUCAUGUUUGAUUUUUAAAGUUAUUUAUAGACAUUAAGAGAUGUUGACCCAUCAUAAUCUUUGAUAUGUUUGCCUAUUUAAUAAUGUCAUAUAACAAGGCAAAUGAAUAAAAGUUAUCUUUCAUUAAAAAGAAAUGUUUCUCGGGUGAAAAGAGUUUAGAAAACUCAUUAACUCUGGAAUCGGAUACAGUGUUGUCUUUUUUCAGGCCGGUUGGCAAGGUUUUUAUUUCUCUAUGGAAAAUGUGUCUAUCAGGAUUUGUGGAUUACUCGAACACUGAAUGGAAAUAACGAUUAGAAAUAUCAAUUAAAACACCAUCUUCUCUAGCCAAGGGUUACGAUUCGCUUCUCUUCACCUUCGUAACACUUGGCUAGUGAUGAUGUUAAAACACAAAUCAGUGCCAGAGAAAAUGACAGGAACCAGACAAAGGCUGAUAUUCGCUAGGCCAAUACAGUCACUGAGAGGGAUGACAUCUGUGCGAGUUAAUGAGCUCGCACUACUUGUAAUAACGUUUUUCCUUCUGCAAAGUUCUAGAACAUUUUUUGAAGCAUUGGAAAGGUGUUUGAACCUCGUGAGUUUUCUCUGGGUCCUUCGGUUUCCUCCCAUUGUUAAAGAUCCCUAUGUGCAAGCGAAUUAUUGAAAUAAAAUUGAACCAUGUUUGUUCCGAAAUGACCUAGGUUGUGUCGAAUGGAUGUUAAACCCAAUUUCACUCGCUCUCCCGUUAUCUUGAUAACUCGGAACUCCCCAACCGGCCAACUUCCCUGCCAGUCUGAAAAUAGACACUCCCAUCAGAUACAUUAUAUACUGACAGACGCUUUAUUAAAACCUCAAUAGUUGAUUGAUUAAAAUAUUGAUCCAAGAUUUUAUCCAUUUCUAUGUUCAUCAUGGAUUAAAUGUGUUAUGGAUGGGUGCGACAUAGUAAAAAUGUUCAUUUCUUCCCAGUAAGAAAGAUUAUGGCAAGUUAUAGAAUUGGGCAUUGACAUAACGUAUUUAAUAAAUCCUUGCAUUUUUCUUCUGUUUAUUAAUCAAAUCAACAGAUAUUAUAAAAUACACAUGUAGAGCCCGGGGGAAGAACGAUCUAAGUCACUUUUUCAAUGAACCCCAGUUAAUGGCGCCAUCUGGUAGCAAAUUGUAUAAACUUUCUGUGGAACAAUCAAUUUCAGUUAAAAACGAUUGGAGUGACAUCGAACCAAGGCCCUUCUGAAAUGGCCUCCUGAACAAAUACGUCCAUCGUACCCUUUGCUUGACCUUAAUUUGGCUGAAAAGUGAAAGUCAGUUGUUGUACUGGUAAUUAUGAUUCGUAUUAACCAUCAUUUUAAGGUUGUAAUUAAACCCACUCGUUGUUCUGUUUGCGUCAAGCAUUCUUGUCCAAAAGUCUGUUUUGCCUUUUAUGCGAAAAGACAAAAAUGUGACUUAGAUCAUUCUUCCCCUGGACUCUUCACUUAUUUUGCUGGCUGCAAUCUUGUACAUAUUACACCAGAAUCAUCAGAUUACACGAAUUACCUUGGCAUGUUCCUCGGGAGUAGUCCAUGGAUUUGGACCACUUCUUUUAAGAAAUUAAAGUUAAUAUAAAGAGUGUAGUUUUUGUUAUUAAAGUUUGCUUGUCUUUAAGAUUUAUAUGAAUUUUGUAUAUUUGAUAAGAAUGAAUAAUGUGCUGCUAUCCAAUGAAAGAUGUUAUUUUAUUUGAAAAUCCAAUUGUUAAAGGUCAAUCUUAUAUAAAAUUUAUUAAAAGUUCUUUUGAAA